AUGGCGUGGAAGGCUCUUCGUGCAGGUAGAAUGCGAAAUAUGAGAAAGAAUUUGGAUACCAUGAAAAUGUUUGAUGCCUAUCGGCCAUUGCUUGGAAAGGAAUUGGAAGAUUUAGAGAAACUGGAAAGCUGUCUCCGCGGCGCGCUCGUCACAAACGAAGGACGGACUUCGAUGAUUUCGUUGAUGAAGCGAAAAAAAGCUGGCCUCGUCAUGCCUGAACCCGAAUGUCUGGCCCUUGUCCUUUCGGAUCAAGAAAUCGAAGAGAGAAAAAGGAUUCAGCACGUUCAACAGCCAGUUCAGCAGCCUUUGGUUCAGCAACCAAUCCAAGCUCAAGUCCGUUCCGUUUCACCGCCGCCAGUCCAGACACCGGUCCUGCAAAUUGUCCAGCCAUCAAUUGCUCAGCAAGAAGAUGAUAGUGAUCAUCUGGAAAUGGACAGUGAUGAUGAUGAGAUUGCUGAUGGUCUAGUGCAUUCCCCAGCUGAAAAUGAAGAAGAGGAUAGCACUGACCAAAUGGAUACUGAUGAUUUUCAUAGUGCUGCUGUAUUGAAUCAGCAGCCAGAUCUGCAUCGAAUCGAACGGAGGGCAUUGUCGCCAGCCCAACCGAUGGGACAUUCGCCAGUCCAUUUCUCAGUGCAGCAAGCAGCCGGACGACCAACGCAGUCUCCUAUCCAACAGCAAAUGCUGCUAGGACAGAACCAACAUAAUCAAAGUGAAGACUUAACUAGAAGCGAGACGGAAGAAGAUGCGGAAAUUAAUAUUAACGAUGAUCAGAGUGAUGUUGUGCUGAAUCAACUUCAAAUUCAAAAUUUUGAAAAUGCAAGUGAUAAUGGUGAACAAAUGACCAAUGAGAAUGAAUCCGAUUCAACUGUCACUGGAAAAGAUCAAACAAUCCCUGAUGACGCCCCAGAAGCUGGACAAAAGUCCGGAGGCAGUUCUGGUAGAUUGGCUGAUUCUCAAACUCAACAGAAUCAAGAAAGCUCUAGAAAUAACCCAUCUCCAAGUAAUAACCAGCUUGGGCAUAAUGUUCCUGGAUUUGCUUCUUCGGUAUCACCUAUCGCAGUUGAAUCCAAUGAUCAAGAAGCACCACAGACCUUUACUUUCAUUUUACCGGGACUUCCAAUCAUUCAUGUACCGGGAUCAGCAUUCAGGGCAUUUACAUCACGGACCGAGGUCACGAUACCGCUUCCACUUUUAUUGAAUGAUGACUUGUCUCAAUCGGUUGCCACUCUGAGGAAUCCAAUGCCAGCCCCACUCUCCACCGCAACUCCGAAUCGCGAAAAUCAAGGGACCGCGGAAGGGGUUAGAGCCGAAAAAACCGUUCGAAAUAUGUGA